AGACCCUCUUGUAUUGGCCGUGCACGAUGCAUCUAAUUCAAUAACUGGUAUCGGAGCUGAUCAUACUCUUAUGCAAUGUUCUUGUGUUCACAUUAACUAGAACUUGGCUGUUUUUAUUGAUAAUUAUCGCCAAUUAUUUGUGCAUAUUCAGUUUGAGGAAAUAUAAUGUAAUGUAUUUACUCCCUAAUAGGUCUUUUUCUUCGGUUUCAAUAUGGUAAACUUCUAAUAUUUCUACACUUUCGACUUUUGUCUAUUGUCCAAAUUAGUUUUAUUUCACAAUUCACUCACACUCAAUUAACCCGAUUCUAAUGUCAUGCUCUUGGUUGACUUAUCGCAGUUAAUCGAUACAAAAUAAUCGGAUAAACUGGUAUCGUGUGGAAAUUAAUAAAAAAUUGGAAAGUCCACGAUCAAUUAUCGAUUGUAGUUCAUUAAAUCAGUGCACAAUGUUAUCAGCGGUGCCGGUUACCGGUAGCUCAGUCGCGGCUCGACCGUCGGGCGGAGCGCACGCACGCGGCGCUCGUGACCCGGUGCUCGCGCGCGAGUGUUGUGUCGUGUGAUAUUGUAUUGGUGUUGUGAUCGGUGUCAGUGGAUAUUGAUGGGGAUUGAGGUGCAAUUUGAGUGUGUUGCCAUGUGCGGCAAGGAGGAAAUGUCCAAGGUCAAUGGGAAGAUGCGCGGCGUGGCGGCGCACGAGCGCGUGUACACGCUACGCACGCGGCCGCCCUCGCUGCUGCCGCCGUCGCCGCUCAGCCUGGCGUCGUCGGGCGACAAGGCGGCGCACGCGCACUCGCCCUCGCUGGAGCGGCUCGAGCGGCUGGAGCGGCUGGAGCGGCUGGAGCGGCUCGAGCGGCUGGAGCGGCUGGACGCGCCGAGCCGCGCCACGGCCACGUUCGUGUGCUACGUGUGCGGCGUGCCGGCGGCCAGCUCGCAGCUGCGCCUGGUGUACUGCUGCGCCAACCCCGAGCGCGAGCCCUACUACCCCUUCAUCUGCUCGCUCAAGGCGCACCCCGACGCCAGCCCCAUCAGCCCGCAGGGCAUGGUGCAGAUAUGCGCGUCGUGCUACAAGAGCAUCCCGCACAAGUACCCCGCCUACAGCGAGAACGGCGAGCCGCACGCCGCGCACGCCGCGCACGCCGCGCACGCCAACAACAACAUCAGGUUCAAGCCGUACGAGAUGAAGAGCUCGGGCGGCGCCAAGCGCGCCGGCGCGCCCGCCGCCUCGCCGCACGCGCCGCUCGUGCCGCACACGCCGCACACGCCGCACGCGCACCUCGCAGCCGAAAACGGCCUGGGCCUCUAUAGGUGCUACGUGUGCGCCGGCCUGUUCCCGCAGCAGUCGAUGGAGUGGCUGUCCACCAGCGCCGAGUACAUGAACUCGCACGCGAUGCACUUCCCCUGCCUGGCGGUGUGCGGCGCGGGCGCGGCCGGGGGCGCCGCCGGGGGCGCCGCCGGGGGCGCGGGCGCGGGUGGGGGCGCCGCGGGCGCCGCGCGCGGCGGCCGCGUGCUCGCGUGCUCGCGGUGCGUGCGGCACCUGGCGCGCCAGUGGGAGAUGAUGGACGCCGAGCGGGUGCCGCUCGAGCACCGGAGGUACAACAUCCCGUCCCCGCUGCCGGCGGGCGGGGCGGCGGGCGCGGGCGCGGGGGCGGGGGCGGGGGCGGGCGGCGAGCGCGUCAUCCCCACCCCGCCCUCCACCACCUCCGACCGCACCGUCGCCAGCAAUAGCGCGUGCACGUCGAUCUACUGCUUCCUGUGCGGGCUGCACUCGGACUUCACGCUGGCGCGCAUCCUGUACGGCCAGCCGCAGGGCAACGCGCCCUACUUCCCCUGCCUGCUCACGCACCAGAGUCAUCCGAACGCGGAACAGCUCCGCGAGAACGGGUCGGCGCUGGUGUGCACCUUCUGUUACCACUCGCUACUUAGUCAAUGGAGGAGGUACGAGGAGAGCGGCGCGUUCCCGGCGGAGCGGCGCGCGUACAACACGCACGACUACCACUGCCACCUGUGCGCCGUCAAGACGUACCGCAAGCGCGUGCGCGCGCUGCCCAUCAAGGAAUUUCCAUUCUUAAGUCAAAGAAGGACUGAAAACUCGUUAUUAUUAGAAAAUGGAGACUACGCUGUAGUUUGUUUAGACUGUUAUGAAAGUUUAAGGUGAGAUCUUAUGUAUUCUUUUUUUUAUAA